UACAUAAAUCAAUUAAAAAAAAUAAAAAUUCAAGUGUGUUGAACAAGAAAAAGAAGAAAACCCAAACAAAAGAAGACCCUUACCAUAUUUCCCUGUUAUCUCUAAACCCCUAAACCCGAAUCCGACUCUCGCUUGAACCCUCGUCGACUCCAAAAUGGGAAGCAGCCAGGCCGCCACCUCCUUCCUCUCGAACCUGGGCCGCGCGGCCCUGGGCCUGGGCCUGUCGGCGGCCGCCCUGAACUCCUCUCUGUACACGGUGGACGGCGGUCAGCGCGCCGUCCUGUUCGACCGGUUCCGCGGCAUCCUGGACUCGACGGUGGGCGAGGGGACCCACUUCCUGAUCCCGUGGGUGCAGAAGCCGUACAUCUUCGACAUCCGGACGCGGCCCCACACGUUCUCGUCGGUGUCGGGCACGAAGGACCUGCAGAUGGUGAACCUCACCCUCCGCGUCCUCUCCCGCCCCGACACCGACAAGCUCUCCGUGAUCGUCCAGAACCUCGGCCUCGAGUACGACGAGAAGGUCCUCCCCUCCAUCGGCAACGAGGUCCUCAAGGCCGUCGUCGCCCAGUUCAACGCCGACCAGCUCCUCACCGACCGCCCCCACGUCUCCGCCCUCGUCCGCGACGGCCUCCUCCGCCGCGCCCGCGACUUCAACAUCCUCCUCGACGACGUCGCCAUCACGCACCUCUCCUACGGCGCCGAGUUCUCCCGCGCCGUCGAGCAGAAGCAGGUCGCGCAGCAGGAGGCCGAGCGCUCCAAGUUCGUCGUCAUGAAGGCCGAGCAGGAGCGCCGCGCCGCCAUCAUCAGGGCCGAGGGCGAGAGCGACGCCGCCAAGCUCAUCUCCGACGCCACCGCCGCCGCCGGGAUGGGCCUCAUCGAGCUCCGCCGGAUCGAGGCCUCCCGGGAGGUCGCCGCCACGCUCGCCAAGUCGCCCAACGUCGCUUACUUGCCCGGCGGGAAGAACUUGCUCAUGGCGCUCAAUGCCGGUGGACGUUGAUUUCUUUGUGGGCUAUAUGAUACUUGGAAUGGUGUGAAGUUCUCCUUUGCUAGAGUUUUUUUUUUCCUCAUCUUGUUUUUUGUAGACCCCAUCUCAUCUGAGCACAAGUUCUUUGUAACAUUUUGAAAAUAAAAAAAAAUGUUACAAAAAAAAUUGGACGUUUCAUGUUUGAGGAUAAUUGGGUCUUUUACAGUUGUACUUGAAGAAUGGUAACUACAUGCCAAGACUAAAUUGAGUCCUUGCUUGUUUGAGGAUAAAGGGGUCUUUUACAGUUUGUACGUGAAGACUUGAUUAAUGUAGCUUCUUUUUCAUUUUUUUC